UCCGGUGGGAGGCAGCGAUGUUGUGGUGACUGUCUGAAUGUUUUCUACACGAGUUUUUCGUUUGUUGGAUACUCAUUUUCAUUAUGUAGUGCCUUGGAAUACAAUGGAAUUCUUACUUUCAACACGUGCUCGGUUUAAAAGCCGUGGACCCGGCUAGCGAAGGGUGAACUCGCUUUUCCUCGUACACUCGUGUUGUGUAGCUUCGCUCUCCAAGUCAGGGCGAAUGUAAGAUCGCCUUAGCUUUGUCCCUGGUUUGUGCCGGGGGGUCCUGAAGUUGGAAGUAUGUCCAACCGGCCCCGAAGGGCUGACCCAUCAAAGUCCGACCCUGAGCUGUUGACCAGGACUAGUUGGGUCAACGCUGAACUCGCAUAUCGACAAGUGAAACGGGGUCGGGCAGAUGGAAAUACAUGUGCCUUAUGGUUGAGACUUUACCUACAAAGAUAUCUCUACAGUAUUGGAUGUUUGCUGCAGCUUCAUUGUGGCAAAGUGACGUUCUUAGGAUUAUUGCUACUGUCAUUGUGUUGUGUUGGAUUAAAAACGGGACAUUUGGAGACCAACGUUGACGAAUUAUGGGUUGAAGGUACGUGUGGUGAUGCUUCAUAAUAUUGCAUG